AUGCUCUUCUUGUCGAUCUUGCUCCUGAGCGUCCUCCGCUCUUCCUCCUCCCUCUCUCCUGUCCUCUCCUCUCAGAUUGGGACCCACUGCCACUGUGUCCACGCUCCCUUUGUACCUGGUUACGACCUGAUUGGACAGGGUUUUGAUGUGGUCACUCUGCAGAGUAAAGGAAGCCACCUGAUCGAUGUGAAAACGUACAUGUCCUCUGAUGGAAACUGUACUCUCACCGCCAACCCACUGCAGGGAAACCAGUUACAGAAGGUCAUCAGAGAGCCAAAGUGAAACUUGAACACCUGUAACUCUUGGAUGAACACACGUUAACCUUUUUGUUCUUACCUUCCUCAGCUGCCACUCUCUGUUGUGGACUGGCGUUCAAUGACCUCCUGUAGUAAAUCUCUCUACAACACGAUGCACACAUCCGUCAGGUAACCCAGAAAAACAAAAACUAGUCACUUGCAGCAUUGUGAACUUUCACUCACUGUGUUUAAGUCUGUGUCAUAACUAGGGUUGCAAAAUUUCAGGAAUUUUCAAAGUUGGAAACUUUUCAUGGAAAUAAGCUGGAAUAAAUCUGAAAUGUAUAAAAUUGAGGGUUGGCCUUCAACAGGAACUGAAAUAUAGUUGGUUAAAAUAUAUUGCAGCAUAAUCUUGAUUAAAACAACCAAUCACGCGAUCACACAGCACACUGCAUGGCUACUGAGGCCACACCUCCUACAUGCACUGUACGUUCCUCCAUCACAUGACUCACAGACGAUUUCUUAAACCCUGGAGGCGACACUUUAGAGCCCAAAGACCAAGACAGUUCAGUCCACCGACUACAGAAAGUCAAGUAUGUUUUGAUAACAUUAUGGGUCAUGAAGAUCAUGUACUUCAAAUCUGUAUCCAGGCGGGAGGCGGAACCAACUUGUCCAUAGUUUAUACAGUCUAUGUGUUGGACCCAUAAAACUAUUUCUGUAAUUUGACUAAACCCCCACACAACCCCAUAAAUGUACCUACAACUCAGUCUUUAUCUUCAGCAGUCACCGUGUGUGGACAUAAAGUUUAAAGAAAUAUAAACACUUUUGAUUCUGAGUUCAUUUAUUUGUUUGUUUCUCAGUUUAACACGGCGUCUUUGUUUCGGUCAAGUGAACUCACACCCACUAUAAUUUUAGCUGAAUCAGACUCCUAUUGUUUGGUGAAGUCCAGAGGUGUGUUCGAUACAGUCAGACGUUCAAAGCUGAGCUACAGUUUCAGUCUCCCUGACCGAAGGAAUCAUCUCUGCUCUUUUUUCUUUCGUUUACUUCGCCACCACUGAGCUACUUCGUAAAGUUAGGAAGUGGAAAUCUCGGCGUGUCGGCGCAGAGUCAGAUAUGUGGACCUGAUCAGUAUUUUCAGACUGUUAAUUCGUGACAACAAGUUAUUUUGACCUCAUCCUUUUUAUUGCAUCUUUUUAAUUUGAUUUUCUCCACAACAGUAUUCCCCGCCUCUGUAAAGGUUUUCUGCUUUUGUUCAAUUUUUUGUAUCUUUGGUUUCGUGUAAAUGAUCCACCUAAAUGCACACCCACAAUUAUCUGAUUAACCAAAACAAUGGAAGUGCAGCAUAAUCUUGACUAAAACAACCAGAUUCAAUACUAGUCCACCCCUUAAUCACAUGAUCACAUGAUCACACUGCAGGGCUAUUGAAGCCACACCCCCUACAUGAACAGUACGUUCCUCCAUGGGGUAAAUAUAUUUGAUCUAUAAUAGUAUUGAUAUUUAACUUGUAAAAAUGAAAUAAAAACAGUUGCUAAAUGUAAACUAUUUUUCAUUUCAUUGACCAUUUAAGGGUCCAGCUCAUAAUGGUGGUGAUGCUGUUCCUUCAGACUCCUGCAAGACAGUUUUCUGUAACCAAACAAUAAUUUAAACAUCAAUUAUCAAAUAUUUUGAAGACCAUUCCAGUGAUUUUACAAGAUUUUUUUGUUAUUUUAUUCCACAGAAAAAUGCCACGUUCACCAUCGCCACUCAGAUCUGUUGAAAUGUUAAUUGUAUUAUCUUUCAUGGAUGUCUGCUUAUGAAAAAACAAAAAUAUUUACAUUUAUGUUUGGAUAUGAUACAGUUUGUUAAAAUUACUCCCAAUUUCCAGUUAGUUCCCAUAAUUCCCAUGGAAAGUUUCUGGAAAUUUUCCGCCCCUUUGCAACUCCAGUCAUGACCAUUUCAAAUAUCCUCACAGAGACAUCGAGCUCUAAGAAAGAGAGCACUGGACACUUCUGAGUUUACUCAAACACCAGAGCAGGGACUCAUUUUGAAGCACGCACCCUCAUUAAAAAACAUAAAUCCACACGACAUAUGUCACCCUGGAUAAUCAUGAACUGAGCCUGAUUAAAUCGGCUCCCAAAACACACAAAACCUAGAUUUUUGUUAAUGUGUCUAAUAAACCUGAAAGUCUUAAAAUGAGCGUCAUUGAAGACACUCAUAAUUUGUUUUCUGACACCGAAAUAAAACUGAUGCUUUUCACAGCGAUCUGGUGAAAUCCCACGCCGACCUGGAAAGUAACGACUGGACGGUAAGAAUCUCAUGUUAUUAUAAAGAAAUCAGCUUUUUUUACAUGCAUCCCUUUAUUUCUGCAAAUUAAAAGGAGUAUUUAGUUUUAAUCUUAUAGUUUUUGAGACAUUUUGAAAAGAGGUGUUUGAGAGGUGAAAUACCUGCUUUACUACUGCAGUAUUUAUGCUGUCUGAGAAAAUAAAGCAGCUCUUGUUUUGCCUCAGAUGGGACUCGAAGUGAUGAAGUAUAGGAGCGGAGUGUUUGCAGGAAAACUCUCAAAUGUGAGUAAAUUUGCAGCAGCCAAAAGCGAAAAGGACCCCUCCGCCUUCAGCACUCACAUGGUCACCUGCAUCCAUUACAGGUGGGGUUUGAAGACCUCGACUCACAGAUAAUAACACAUUUAUGGAUAAAAACAAGUAGAUCUCCUCUGGUUUGAAUUAACUGUAGCUACAAUGCUUCUCUGCGUAGGCUCGGUGUCUCAGAUAGUCCACCCCUCAGCCCUGAGUUCCUUAAGAGUCUCGAGAAGCUACCACUGAUCUACAACCCUGGAACCAGGGAUGAGUUGAUAGAGUUCAUCAGGACUCACGGCACACAUUACAUCCGCCAGGUCAGGAAACAUUCACAGCCAUUUUUAAAACCAAAGAGUUACCAACCCCAGUCUUUAUUGUAUAACCUCAUUUAUUUGUGAUCUCUCAGGUCGACCUUGGAGGGCGAGUCAAGCGGGUCACUGCUGCACAUACAUGCGUGUCCAGACUGAAUGGCCUUUCCUCAUGGGAGGUAGGGGUAGAACUUAUACUCUGACAGCUUCAUGUUGCCGACCGCUCGCUUCUCUAGUUAUACCAACUUUAGUAACAACCACAGGAUAGUAAUACAGAGAGCCACACGCUCAACCAAAACGCCACUCUAUAACCACAAAUAAUGCUCAGAACAGCACCUAACUUCAUCAACAGGACAUAUAGGGUCACAGACAUAGUACUAGACACCAAACAUCUUUUUAACUUUGACUCAUUUCUUUAGCAAAGAGACUAAACACAACUCACCUACUCUCUUCCAGCAGCCGCUUGUUUGUAACGAGACCUCAGGCCAGUCCAUUACAGACUACAGCGGGGUGACGCAGCUCAAGGAAGAACAUUUAUGAUCAUUUCUUUAUCAUUUCCUUGAAGUAAUAAUUGCCGUAUUAAUCAUUUUACAGAUGCGGUAGUUCUUCUGCCUCAGCGUCUCGGUCUGAUUAUAUUUAUAUAAAGAAAUGAUCAUGAAUGUUCUUCCUUGAGCUGCGGCACCCCGCUGUAUUGCUAUCUGCAAUCGGUGUCUAACUCGGUGUGUUUGACCCUAACUUAAUUUUACGCCAGAAUAUCCCUUUAAUACUAACAUUAAAUUUACCUUUUCAUGUAGACACACCUCUGCCUAUCAGGAGGUAUCAACGUUGGCCUCGGGGUCAGCAAAGGGGGUGUCCUUCAAAAGAUCUGCGACAAAGUGCUACAGAACCAGAACGAUUUUGCCUCGACAAACACCAGUGUCCAUGAGCACUACACUGAGGUGGUAGGAGGCAAAGGGUGGACAGGGGAGUUCUCACUCACCCACAAUGACUCCCUGGGCUACAGAAAGUGGAGGGAAACUCUCAAGGAUCACCCCGGUGUUGUCAGGUAUUCUCUGAGACCUCUGUACACGCUCCUACCAGAAGGAGCACAAAGGAACGGACUGAAGGGCGCCACUGAGAAUUACUUAGCCAUGAAUGGCAUCCGUGCAGAGCCCGAAUCCCCCGAGUGUGGAAGCAGUCAUCCUAACCUCGAUAACAACUGCUGUCCACUGAAAGCCAGCAGAGGAACGCUGGUGGUGACCAUCGUCCGAGCCUGGAAUCUGUACGGGGAUAUAUGGGGCACGACUGACGGGUGUGUAGAAAGCAAGACCACUUCCUGAGGGAGGUCUUUCUAAACAAGAUUCUACAUGUGGAGUCACUGAAGUCAUUUGUCUCCCAUGUUUUUCAAACACACAGGUAUGUCAAGAUCCAGUACGGUUCCUACUCCGGCAGAACUUCAGUGAUCAGUUCAAACGACCCUCGAUGGAACGCUCGUUUUUCCAUUGGCAAGGUCAGUAACUCAUCCUGAUCGAAGGAGACGGAAAUGUCAGCUCUUAACCCUCAGGGGUCCUUAAAAAAAGUUACGUUUAGGUCCUUAGGUGGACAAAAAUGUCCAUCUCCUAAAAGUGCCAUAAAAAUAUUAUACAUUCAUAUUAUUUUCCCCACCUCUGUUUAUGAAGGUGGACACACAGUCGGAUCUGAAGAUCGAAGUCUGGGAUGACGACUGGAUUUACGAUGACCUUCUGGGAUCAUGUGCGAAAAGCCUGAAGAAGGGGACACAUACAUACUCUUGUCCAACACUCAGAGGCGAUGUGGAGGUCCAGUACACUCUGACUUGUGACCAAUACCUGACUGGAGACAAGUGUAACCUGUACAAACCGUCUCCAUAGAGAUGAAUCCAGUCUGUGGGCCAUGUUCUGUCCAGUUUGUUAUGAUUUGCAUUAAAUCAGAUGUGGAGACUUCCCUGAAAUGUAAUGAGCCGGACAGUCCCACAGCCGUCUUUUAAGUUUAGGUGUAGUUUUAUUUUAUCCAUGUUUGAUGAAAUUUAAGAGAAGAUAAGAAGAACUUUAUUGAUUAAAGGAAUUUUUAAUUAUAAUUCAUUUAUUUAUAAUAAUUCGAUUUCUAGGUUAUUUUGCAAAAGAGGGUGGCACUUAAAAAAUGUAUGAACUUUUUUUGGACUGAAG